UUUGAAUUAUAGGAAAUGGAGAAGAAGAUAGCAGCAAGAAGAUUUGAAGGGAAAGUUGCAAUUGUGACUGCUUCCACUCAAGGAAUCGGUUUUGGCAUCGCAGAGCGCCUUGCUUUGGAAGGUGCCUCUGUUGUCAUCUCUUCUCGUAAGCAGAAAAACGUGGAUGAGGCAGUUGAAAAGCUUAAAGCUAAAGGAAUACAAGUUUUGGGAGUGGUUUGUCAUGUAUCCGAUGCGCAGCAAAGGAAGAAUCUAAUAAACAAGACCAUUGAGAAAUAUGGAAAAAUAGAUGUGAUUGUAUCAAAUGCUGCCGUAAAUCCAGUUAAUAAACCCAUGUUGCAAACCGAAGAAUCUAUUCUCGACAAGAUAUGGGAAACAAACGUCAAAGCCUCCAUACUUCUUCUACAGGAUGCAUCUCCUCAUUUACAAAAAGGUUCAUCGGUUAUUUUUAUUUCAUCACUAGGAGCUUAUCUACCGCAGCCUAAUAUGGCUAUGUAUGGGGUUACUAAGACAGCCCUUCUUGGCCUGACCAAGGCUCUGGCAGCUGAAAUGGCACCUCAUAUUCGUGUCAAUUGUGUUGCUCCUGGUUUUGUACCAACCCGCUUUGCAGCAUACAUCACAGCAAAUGAGGCCACAAGGAAGUUCUUUGAGAAGAUGACCUUACUAAACAGGCUUGGCACAGCGGAAGAAAUUGCUGCUGCAACCGCUUUCUUGGCUUCGGAUGACGCUUCUUAUAUUACAGGAGAAACCAUAAUUGUCGCAGGAGGAAACCCCUCUAGACUGUAAUUUCUUUUAUGUUACUUGCAGAAAUCUUCCUUUGUCCCUUCAAUCUCUGCAUUCAGUUUCAAAUUUCAAUGUGCUGUUUCCUAUUGCAACAUUUUAUUACUUACCGUGUCUGAAGUGGAACAACUUCAGAGGAAGAUAAAAUAAAUGUUGGAUUUUUUAUUUUUCCUUUAUUUCUUUUCAUUAUUCGAUCAAUUAACCCUUGCU